AUGUUGACGCCCAAUACGCCUCUAUCGCCGCUGCCCUCCCUCAAAAUACCCAAGCUGGACCUGCCCCGACCUCCGGAUCCAGCGCUGGACCCGGCCGGCUACCUGCGAAGCUUGGGUGCAAUCCGAGACAGGGCCAAGGUCCUGUUAGAAAAGGCCGAAGACAACAAGCUGGUCCAUUUCGAUGUUGAUAUGAACAAGUUCCCUAACGUGGUGACUUUUGUUUCAGGGCUUAUCAAGCGAGACCACGAGGCUCCUUUCCAGGACAUUCCCAGCCAUGGUCGCUAUCAACAUUUCUGCAUGGGCGGCCGAGACCGGAUCGCCGAGCUUCUGGGGAGCUGGCCUGACAGCGUCGACACCACAGAGCGCUGCCGCCGCCUUGUCGACCUCUUCUUCAUCAGCGUACUGCUGGAUGCCGGUGCUGGAACUACGUGGACCUAUAAGAGCGCUGACAAUGGCAAAAGCUAUAGGCGCUCUGAGGGUAUUGCAAUCGCCAGCUUAGAAAUGUUCAAAUCGGGAAUAUUUUCCGCAAGCCCAACCAACAAACAUCAAGUUGACAAGACUGCAUUGGGAGCCCUUUCGGUAGCUAAGAUUGCCUCGGGCAUGCAGUCUGACCCUGACAACGAAAUUGUUGGCUUGGAGGGCCGAACCGAGGUUUUGGUCAAGCUGUCAGAAGCUCUUGCAGAGCACCCAGAGUACUUUGGCGCUGAUGGCCGCCCUGGCAACCUGGUUGACUAUUUGCUGUCACAUCCCGCAACACAAAUGUCAUCGAUCCUCAUCGUCCCCCUACCAGUCCUGUGGACCAUUCUAAUGGAAAGCCUUGAAUCCAUCUGGCCCUAUCGAACAGCAAUCAACGGUGUCCACCUUGGAGAUGCCUGGACCUGUGAAGCCUUGCCCACCUCCGGGCCUAAUUCGUGGGAAUCCAUCCUGCCGUUUCAUAAGCUGACGCAGUGGCUUGCAUAUUCCCUCAUGCAGCCCAUGCAAUCCUUGCUAAACAUGUACUUUUCCGGAGCAGAGCUAUUGACUGGCCUGGCCGAGUACCGCAAUGGCGGCCUCUUUGUCGAUCUCGGCGUUUUGACCCUUAAGGAGGUUGACAUGGCCCGCGGAUUGGCCAACUACAGCGAAUACUGCAAGACGUCUGGCCUCAAGGUGAUUGAAGUGGCUCCCAUGUUCCCGACUUCGGAUGAUGUCAUUGUGGAAUGGCGCGGCUUGACCAUUGCUCUGCUGGAUAAGCUUUGCGAGGAGAUUAACCUGGCGCUGGAGUCGGAGCUGGAUGGCCACGAGAUAACCAUGGCACAGCUAAUGGAAGCUGGCAGCUGGAAGGGAGGUCGUGAGAUUGCCGAGAUUAAUCGGCCAAACACAAAAGAGCCGCCGAUUUUAAUCGAGAGCGACGGAACAGUAUUCUAAUAACAGUCGCGGCAGCGGGUGUUCUUCUCUUCUCACUCACCCCGUUUUAUUGACCGAAAAACUACUAUUUAACUGCUCACCAAAAUUUCACCCUCCUUUUUUUUCUUUCCUUUUUUCCGAUUUAUAUAUGGGAUGGCACGCACUGAUUUUUGUUUUUUGGGCCUGUUCUUUGUUUGUCUUGCGAUGCGGAAAUGAUGAGCAAAUCUAUUGGUGGUUUCUAUUUUUGUUUCUUUUGUGUUUCCAAUCUCCAAUUGAUUGCGAUUUGGUAGAUACUUACUAGCGGAAAAUCGUACAAGAACAGAAAAAAUGGAAAAAGGAAAAAAAGAGGUUUGGGACCUGUGUUGGAAAAGAAAAGAAAGCAAAAGGAGAGUGAGACAGACACACAGAGAGAUAUUAUGGGAUAUUUGCUUUUUCUUGGUGCUACUAUGGCGGAGGAAAAAUAAAAUAAAAUCAUAACGGG